AUGAUAGGUAGUGCUAGGUUGAAUGUGCAGUACACUAUUUCUCGAGAGGAAGCUCAGACUGCAUUGAAUCUGAUCACAGGUACAGUUUCUAUCUGCGAGCAAAGAGUUGAGGCUUUAUUUGACUCUGGAGCAACUCAUUCAUUUGUGUCACAUGAUUGUGUGAAAGAGUUGGAAUUGCCUGUGUAUGAAUUGCCUUAUAUAAUUAAGGUCUCUACGCCAUCUAUAUUACUGGAUAAGACCAAUGAGAUGGUACUACUACUAGUUCAUGUGAUGCCUAUUGGGACUUCCACAACAACUGUUAGUCAGCCAACGCUAUUAUCAGUAGUGCAACCUGAGAGAUUGGUUUCUGAAGGCUGUCAGGCCUAUGCAGCUUUCUUUGCAGUAGGAGGCAGUGGUAGUAGCAGUGUUGAUGAAAUCCAAGUUGUAAAUGAGUUUCCUAAGGUAUUUGCAAAUAAGGUAUCGGUUUUGCCACCAGAGCAAAAAGUAGAGUUCUCUAUUAAUUUGGCACCUGGUAUUAAACCUAUUUCAAAAGCACCUUAUCGAAUGGCUCGUUUAAAAUUAGUAGAACUUAAGAAGAAGUUCAAGGAGUUGUUAGAGAAGGGCUUUUUAUGCCGUAGCAUGUCGCCAUGGGGUUCGCCAAUCUUGUUUGUGAAAAAGAAGGAUGGCAGCCUGCGGCUAUGCAUUGACUACAGAACCUAUGAAAGUGACGGAGAGCGUCUGAAAUUUUCCCUUCUCUUCACCGUCGAUCUGCUUCUCUGUAGCUCACCGUCGAAUUCCCUCUUUGCCAACGUGUUCGUCCGCUACUCUUAUCUCCAUUUACGUCGCCAGCUGCUGUGA